AAAAAAUGGAUUAAGUAAAUUAGGCAUUUAAAAAGUUGUAUUUUUAAGGAGAAACAUAUGAGAACGUGAGAGAAAUAAUAGAUUAAUGUCCUUAUGAUGAAGUAGCCUCUCUUAUGGAAAUUUAUGUAAAAAAUUAUCUUGAUGUAAUGUAAUAUUAACAAAUAGACAGUACAAAACAAUUUAUACUCGUAUAGUUAUAAUGAUUAAGACUCUGCAAAAUUCUAUAUUGAGUAACUUAAUAGUCAUUGGAUAAGAAUAUAGAAUAUAGCAUAAGAAUUGAGUAAAUACUAACAACUUAGUAAUGGUUUUAGAGUAAAUUUAAAUUUAAUUUAGAUUUAAGAAUAUCAUCGUGUUAAAUUUUAAGAUAGAAUAUUUUCAGAUAACAAGAUCAAUUUUGCAUUAAGAGAGAUUUGUAGAAUCUAUAAAUUUAAUCAGCUAAUUGAAUCUCAUUUUGGAUCUCUUGUUUUUCAAUAUUUCAGACCAAAAAUAACAACUCAUCAAGAUUUAAUGGCUAAUUGGCUUACUUAUAGUUAAUGUGAAUAAGGAAUAGAUGAAAUAAAGGAUUUUGAAAGAAGACUUGAAUGUGCAUUGACUGGUUUACCAGAUUAUGAAAAACAAUAACCUAAAUUACCACCUAAUUGGGAAAAAAACAUUGUGAAUAUGAUGAAAAAGAAAAAGAAGAAGAUUUGAUAAAUAAUAAUAUGUAAUAUAAAUAUCUGGA